UCUUUCUUUCUCUUUCCUCCAGACUCCUGGCAUCCUGCAGCGGAUGGGGACUGCAGAGGCACACUGGUCCAGCCUCCUGCCCAGUCAGUGAUAGGAACCCACGCACACCCCUGGACACUGCCUGCCCUUCUUCCUCUACUCUGCCCUUCCUAGAUGAACCCGCUUCCAAGAGUCUCCUACCCAGGCUCCUAGAGGAACCUGCCCCUGUUGCCCCUGCUGCUCACCAGCCUCAGAGAUUGGACUUGCCUCUUCCCAUAUGGAUCUUUCCCAGAUGUGAAAGUUCCUCCCUGGCACUACUGAAGCUAUAGACCAUAGCUAGUUGCUUGGGAACUGAACUUGGUCAGCUCAGCCCAGGCCCUGCCAGAACAGAGAGAGCCCUUGUCUCCCCUGCUUCCCAGGGCAGGACUGUCAGGACUCUGCCCUACCCUGACUGGCUUCUGUUAACUCAUGGUGUGCGUGGUCUCGUGUCUGGUUUAGGUAUUUGAACAGUACACACUUGGUCCUCCUUUCUCUGCUCAUCCUUGACCUUUGAAAAGCAUCUCGGCUCCACGAUGGCAGCGGAGACACUCAACUUUGGACCUGAGUGGCUGAGGGCUCUUUCAAGUGGUGGUAGUGUGACCUCUCCACCCCCAUCUCCUGCUAUGCCCAAAUACAAGCUAGCAGAUUACCGCUAUGGGCGAGAGGAGAUGCUGGCCCUCUAUGUCAAGGAGAACAAGGUCCCCGAGGAACUGCAGGACAAGGAGUUCGCCGCAGUGUUGCAGGAGGAACCACUGCAGCCUCUGGCCCUGGAGCCUCUGACUGAGGAGGAGCAGAGAAACUUCUCCCUGUCAGUGAACAGUGUGGCUGUACUGAGGCUGAUGGGGAAAGGGGCUGGGCCCCCUUUGGCUGCCACCUCCCGUGGCAGGGGCAGCACACGGAGCCGAGGCCGUGGCCGUGGUGACAGCUGCUUUUACCAAAGAAGCAUUGAGGAAGGGGAUGGAGCCUUUGGACGCAAUCCCCGGGAGAUCCAGCGAAGCCAGAGCUGGGAUGACAGAGGUGAGAGGCGGUUUGAGAAGUCUGCAAGGCGGGAUGGAGCACGAUCAGGGUUUGAGGAGGGAGGGGCUGGCCCAAGGAAGGAGCAUGCACGCUCAGACAGUGAGAAUUGGCGCUCACUGCGAGAAGAGCAGGAGGAGGAUGGCAGCUGGAGACUCGGGGCAGGACCCCGGAGAGAUGGUGAUCGCUGGCGUUCCACCAGUCCUGAUGGUGGUCCCCGCUCUGCUGGCUGGCGGGAACAUGGGGAACGGAGGCGUAAAUUUGAUUUUGAUUUGCGAGGGGAUCGAGGAGGGUGUGGCGAAGAGGAUGGGCGGGUUGGGGGAGGCAGCUCUCACCUCCGGAGAUGCCGAGGGCUCGAUGGUUUUGAAGAUGACAAGGAUGGGCUCCCUGAGUGGUGCCUGGACGAUGAAGAUGAGGAGAUGGGCACUUUUGAUGCCUCCGGGGCCUUCCUACCUCUCAAGAAGGGCCCCAAGGAACCUAUUCCUGAGGAGCAAGAGCUUGAUUUCCAGGGCCUGGAGGAAGAGGAGGAGGAGCCUUCAGAAGGGGUGGAUGAAGAGGGGCCUGAGGCAGGUGGGAAGGAGGUGACCCCAUUGCCUCCUCCUGAGAAACCUAGCUCCCCAUCUUCACUGCCUGCCUUGGGCCCUCUCUGGACGGCGAGCGAGGAUGGUGAUGAGGCAGUGGAGAAAGAACUUCCGCCAGCCGAAGGAGACGAGAUGAGGGGUCUGUCUCUAAGUCCUGCAGUCGGCUCGCCUCCUGGCCCACCUGGAGAUCUAGAAGAUGAAGAAGGCUUGAAGCACCUGCAGCAGGAGGCAGAGAAGCUGGUGGCCUCCUUGCAGGACAGCUCCUUGGAGGAGGAACAGUUUACGGCCACCAUGCAGACCCAGGGCCUUCGCCACUCCACAGCCGCCACUGCCCUUCCCCUCAGCCAUGGCGCUGCCCGAAAGUGGUUCUACAAGGACCCACAGGGGGAGAUCCAAGGCCCCUUCACAACCCAGGAGAUGGCUGAGUGGUUCCAGGCUGGCUAUUUCUCCAUGUCCCUCCUAGUGAAGAGGGGCUGUGAUGAGGGUUUCCAGCCUCUGGGAGAGGUGAUCAAGAUGUGGGGCCGCGUGCCCUUUGCCCCUGGGCCCUCGCCACCCCCGCUGCUGGGGAACAUGGAUCAGGAGCGGCUGAAGAAGCAGCAGGAGCUGGCCGCCGCGGCCCUGUACCAGCAGCUGCAGCACCAGCACUUUCUGCAGCUGGUCGGCAGCCGCCAGCUUCCGCAGUGCACGACGCUCCGGGAAAAGGCAGCUAUGGGGGACCUGACGCCGCCGCAGCAGCAGCAGCUCACGACAUUCCUGCAGCAGCUCCAGGCUCUCAAAACCCCCAGGGGUGGGGACCAGAACCUGCUCCCGACGAUAAGCCGGUCCUUGUCGGUGCCAGAUUCAGGCCCCCUCUGGGACUUACAUACCUCAGCUUCAUCACAGUCAGGUGGUGAGGCCAGUCUUUGGGACAUACCAAUUAACUCUUCGACUCAGGGUCCAAUUCUAGAACAACUCCAGCUGCAACAUAAAUUUCAAGAGCGCAGAGAAGUGGAGCUCAGGGCGAAGCGGGAGGAAGAGGAGCGAAAACGCCGUGAGGAGAAGCGCCGCCAGCAGCAGCAGGAGGAGCAGAAGCGGCGGCAGGAGGAGGAGGAGCUCUUUCGACGCAAGCAGGUUCGGCAGCAGGAGCUGCUGCUGAAGCUGCUACAGCAGCAGCAGGCAACGAAUGUCCCCGUGCCCCCUGCACCAAGCUCCCCGCCCCCACUCUGGGCUGGCCUGGCCAAGCAGGGCCUGUCCAUGAAGACUCUGCUGGAGCUGCAGAUGGAAAGUGAGCGGCAGCUGCACAAGCAGCCGGCACCCCGGGAUCCUCUGCGGGCCCAGGCCCCCAACCACCGAGUGCAGCUUGGGGGCUUGGGCACUGCCCCUCUGAACCAGUGGGUGUCUGAGGCUGGGCCACUGUGGGGCGGGCCAGACAAGAGUGGGGGCAGCAACAGUGGCAGCCUGGGACUCUGGGAAGACACCCUCAAGAGUGGUGGGAACCUGGCCCGAAGCCUGGGCCUAAAGAACAGUCGGAGCAGCCCGUCUCUCAGUGACUCGUACAGCCACCUGUCAGGUCGCCCUGUUCGCAAAAAGACAGAAGAGGAAGAGAAGUUGCUGAAGCUGCUGCAGGGCAUCCCUCGGCCCCAGGACGGCUUCACUCAGUGGUGUGAGCAGAUGCUACACACCCUGAGCACCACGGGCAGCCUGGAUGUGCCCAUGGCUGUAGCGAUCCUCAAGGAGGUGGAGUCCCCCUAUGAUGUCCAUGAUUAUAUCCGUUCCUGCCUGGGGGACACGCUGGAAGCCAAAGAAUUUGCCAAACAAUUCCUGGAGCGGAGGGCCAAGCAGAAAGCUAGUCAGCAGCGGCAGCAGCAACAGCAGCAGCAGCAGGAGGCCUGGCUGAGUAGCACCUCCCUGCAGACAGCCUUUCAGGCCAACCACAGCACCAAACUGGGCCCUGGGGAGGGCAGCAAGGCCAAGAGGCGGGCGCUGAUGCUCCACUCAGACCCCAGCAUCUUGGGGUACUCCCUGCACGGCCCCUCUGGUGAGAUCGAGAGCGUGGAUGACUACUGACCAGCCUGUCCCACCAGCCCCCUGGGCUUUAAGGCUUGGGUGGUGGCAGCGGUGGCAUGGACCCUCGGGUCUCCAGCCUGCAGGCUCCCAACAAGGAGCAGAGGAGGAAGCAAGUGGGGCAGGGUCCCCAGCACUUGUUACAAACCACACGAUGCACCUUAACUCACCCACCACAAGGCACUUUACAGAUGGGGAGGGGCUUUUCUUUUUCUCUUUAAUUUUAAAUGUUAGGAGAGACAAAAGUAUCAUUCAAAUACUAGACUGUAGACCCAUCUGCCCCUUUGGGAUAAUGGGUAUGACAUUGGAAGGUCCACAGAGGUUUUGUUUUAGGGUUGGUUUUUUUUUGUUUUUUGUUUUUUAAGAAAAGAUAAAAAAUAAUGAAAAAAAAAAAAGAAAGUUAGGCUGAAAGAAAAAAAAUCACACUGUUAUUUUGGGGCAGUGUGUACCAGGCUCCAUGGAACUGUUCUGCCUGGCUCCCCUAAGGCUGCACUUACCCUGCUGCCCCAGAAGGUGAUCAUUGGGGUAACUGGAAGUUGGGUGCUGGCAGUUUGCCCAGCAAGGCCCUCUCCAGAAGCCCUGCCCACUGGACCCGCUGUGACAGCUUCUUGUGGUGGUUACUGUGGCAGGUGUCCUGGUGAGGAGGCCACAAAGUCGCCCCUUGCCUUGGCUGCUUUGGAGGAACAUUGCACAAAUUGGACGAGCUGCGUCAGCUCACUCGCCCUCAACCCCUAAACAGCCCUCCCAUACUGGGGAGGCGGGGAAAGAGCUGCCAGUGCCAGCCUGUCAGAGGUGGGCUCUGAACUCAGGCCUGCUGAGGGGCUGCCCCCACUGCUGCCAUUUCGGGGGACAGCCUGGGUGUGACACUGAAAGCCCCAGCUCCCUGCCUUUGCCACAUGAAUGUAUUCUCUGGCCCCCAAGCCCGUCUCACCCCUCCAAGAAGGGACAUAGCCCUUCCUCCAGAAGCUGGAGAACACCAACCUCUCUGUCAUGGCCGAGUCCUUGCUUGUGUGAGGGAAAGACACCGAAGGGUGGCUUGGGGCUGAACCUGGGGUGGUGGGACCAUUGUGGGAGCACCCUGAUCUGCAGCCAGCUGUGGGAAAGGAGACCACAGCUCUGCACCUGACCCUCCCAUGACCAAAUGGAGAGCACGAGCAGCCGCUCUCCUGGAUGUUCUAUGUUGGGUGUGAAGCUGGAGGUCAAGAGCCUGUGUCCUGGGCUGGGGGCUGCGCCUUGCCUGUCGCUCACCGACUUCACUCCUCAUCAUCCCCUGUCUGGGCUUAUCUCCAUUGUUGGUUGGCCUUUUUUUUUUUUUUGGAAAUGCUCUUAUGUUAGUGAAUUUCUCCCAUCGACCUCAUUGCUCAGAAUGCAGUAUUAGGGCGAGACUGCCACUGCCUCCCCUCCAUGAAUGUAUUUCUCUUUUCUGCCCUGAGGAAGUGGGGAAUGGCCCCAGUUUCUUCUUUCCCAUCUGUCUCCAGAGAGGCAACCUUUCAUUUUCACUUUUCUUUAUUGUUUUUUUUUUGUUUUUUUUGUUUUUUUUUUGCACCAAAGUGGCAACUGGGUCAGUGUUGGGGGUAAGGCUGGCGUCUGGGUGGAAGGCCCCUCCACCUGCUUCUCCCUGGUUUUGACAGUGUUAGCGUCUGUGAAAAGACAAUAUUCUCUCUAAAGCAAUAAGGGGGUGAUGGGCCAGGGGGAAAUGUCUUGCUGCUGCUGGCCCCCCAGCUCCCCUUCCCUCUUGCCAUUAUGGUGGCACUGGAGGGUGGGAGAGACUCCUGUUGUGACUGAAUGUAACCUACCCUGCCCCUGCCACAGCCAAUGCAGGGGAAGGGGGGCACUUGUCUCUUCCUACCCCUUCCCCCAGCUAAAGAGACUUUGAAUUUGGGGGCCCAUGAGCCUGGAGAGGCCUUAACCCUGUGAGGAAGUGUAGGGGGAGCCCUCUCCCACCCCAUCCCCUCUGAGAGUGGUAAAUGUUUACAAACCCUGAGCCCCUACCCCAGGGGCUCAGACACCCCACCCCACCCCCAUCUUAAUCCUUUCUCCGUCCCAGUCUUACAGGGCCCUAGCUGCUCCACCCCCUCUUGGGGUUCAGGGUAGGGUAGGUGUCCUGUGUGCCCCAGUUUACCCCUACCUCUACCCAGUGUGACUUCCCUUCUGCCUAUCCAUGUAAAUACUCCCAAUAAAACUUGGUGUGUUCUCCCAACCCAUUUUGUCUGCUGGCUUUUUCAUGGCAGGGGGCAGGGGCAGAGUUGGGUAGGGUCUCUGGGAACUGCUGGCCUCAGGUUUGUGUAGAAUACCCUCUG